GGCGUUGGAAAUUUGCCUUGCCAAGAUCAACAAAGAUUUAAAGUUCAGCCCGUCGUGACUUUACAGUAGAAUUCAAGAUAAUCGGUUCAAGUCCAAUGUUAUUGAACAUGCUCGAUGGUAUGCUCGAUGGUAUGCUCGAUGGUAUGCCCAGAUUGUAUACUUGAUGCAUCGUAUGAUAACUGGAAAUUCCGCGUCACCGAGUCUUUUGUUUGAGUACUGUCUACUGUCAAGUCACUAGUAGUUAUAAGUCACAUAAAGUUCAAUAACAUUCGUCACCGUCACAGAACAGUCGCCAUGAGUGGAUCAUCUGAAAGUAUCAAGUCCGAGGACUCGGCCAGCCAAGGUGGUAAGAGUUCAACAGCGUCAUCGAGGAUAAAGACGAAGGCCAAGAAGGCAGCCCUGGCAGCAGAGCUAGCAUCCUUGAAGGAACAGCAUGAGUUAGAGCUUCAAGAGUUUCAACUACAGCAAAAGAAGGCAAAGUAUAUGUUAGAAACUAAGCUCAAAGUUACAGCAGCAGAAGAGGCUGUAUAUGAACAAUUUGAUCAGCAUCCCAGUCAACUCGACGUUAAGAUAGAACCCACAAGUGAAGAACUUGGUCAACAGCAGCAGCCUGUUCAGCCACAGAUUCAGGCCAGCGAGCGUGACAACAAUGUACCGCACGAGAAUUUGGAAGACACAAUGCCAUACCCGCAGCACAACCAAGAUUUGUAUCAGUAUCAGCAAAUACAGCAUCGUUUGUUGGAAGCAAUAAGCCUGUCAAAUGUGGAAAUCAUGAAGUUUAACGGUAACCCUUUACACUAUCAUGAGUUCAUGGCAUGUUUUGAUAAUUUGAUAGGCUCGUCUACACUAGACAGAGGGACAAAGCUCAUGAAGUUGUAUCAGUGCUGUGAAGGGGAUGUAAAGAACAUCAUACAGUGUUGUAUGGUAAUGGAUCCAGUGCUAGGAUAUCAACGCGCCAGAGAAUUACUGAGAGAACGCUUUGGCAGUAGAUUUAAGAUAGGAGAAGCAUGGAUUGAACAGAUAACUAAUGGUUCAGCACUUCAUGCAAAUGAUAGAACUGGACUACGCAAGUUUGCUGACGAAUUACAGGUAUGUCUUGAGACUCUUAAGGCAUUGAAUCUGACAAAGGAAAUCAGCAGUAACAGAGAGCUGGUCAAACUGGCAGAAAGACUACCAUUUCAUCUCAAAGCUAGAUGGUUGAAAGUAGUGAGAGACAUUAGGCAAAGAGGUCGAUCUCCAGAUAUCACUGACAUGGUGAAGUUUGUAUCUGAUGCCGCCGAAGAAGUUAACGAUCCAGUCUUCGGUGAGCUGACUGCGACUUCUCCAAGAUCAGCAUCUAAACCAAGCUUCAACAAGCAACAUUCAAAGAGCAGCUACUCUACAGCAGUCACUGAUAAUUCAAGCUUUCCUAAGCCCAAGAAGUGCUUCAAGUGUUAUCAAGACCAUACCUUGUUUGGUUGUGACAGCUUUAAGUCCAUGACACCUGAUGAGAGAUUUAAAUUUGCACAAGAGAACAGACUAUGUUUCAAUUGCUUGCAACACGGUCACACCAGCAGAUUUUGCAAGUUGAACAGAACAUGCUCAGUUCCAGGAUGUCAGAGAAAACAUACAAAGUUCCUCCACUUAUUUCGGGAAAGCUCAUCACCUGUAAGAGGUACUCCGCAUCAAGAGAUAGAGAAUAAAGCUCGACCAAAUAAACAUUUGAGAUCUUCUUCCACUCAAACGCCAUUUGAUGAAAUCCAAACAGCACAGAAUAGCUUCAUCAAGAAAUCGGUCACGGGGGCCGGUAGGUGUGUACUCCCCAUUGUACCAGUGAGGGUGAGAGCUUGUGGCGAGGGUAAUGCUGUUGAAACCUAUGCACUCCUGGACAGUGGUUCUACUAGCACCUUUUGUACAGCAUCCUUAGCUAGGCAGCUUCAUGCAGUGGAAAGGAAACAAAGUCUCAAUCUGACAACACUGGAAAGGUCUAACAACAUGGUAGAUACAUCGGUCGUGAGCCUAAUAGUAGAUACUGGUCCAGAUACAGAGAUUGUGAAGCUACCAUGUGUUUAUACUAGAGAGUCCAUAAACAUUCAUGAUUCCCAUAUUGCUAAAGUAGAUGAUGUGACAGGAUGGCACCACCUAGAUGGAAUCAACGUCCCUAUCGUCACACAACAUGAAGUUGGACUUUUGAUCGGGCAAGAUGUUCCCGGAGCAUUGAUUCCCAUGGAGGUUAGAGCAGCCGAUGAUGGCCCAUACGCCAUAAGAACCAAAUUAGGAUGGGCCGUGAGUGGUCCUGUUCAGUCUAAGGUGCUACAUAACAUACAUAAAGCUUCUGCUAGCUUUAUUGAUAGUAAUAGCGAGCUUGAAGAUCAACUUCAAAGAUUCUGGAAAAUUGAAGGCACAAUCAUUCUUCAGAGGGACAAGGAUAUGUCUUUGAACGACAGAAAGGUGUUGAAAUUCUGGGAGAAUAGUAUUGAAAGAGAUAAUGGUCAUUAUCAAUUGCCAAUACCGUUCAAGGAAAGGCCACCAAAUCUACCAGACACAAAGAGUCAAUAAACCUUCAUCGGUAAGUGUCUGCUGUUUGACCACGGCACUCAAGACCUUCUUUGUCGUUCUAAUUUGUCUUUCCCAAGCUCCACCCAUAUGAGAAGCAGUGGGUGGGUUAAACUUCCAGUCUAUUCCUUCUUGAAGUAGGCGACCCUGGAUUCUUUGUUGGUUCCACCGCUUCAGUCCUUCUCUCAAUUCACGUUCAGCACCCACAAAGUUGGUGCUAUUGUCCGACCUGAUAAUCUCUGGUUGACCACGGCGGGAAAUAAAUCUGUUGAGUGCAUUCAAAAAUGAAUCUGUCUCUAAUGAAUGUAGUACUUCUAUGUGAACAGCUCUAAUAAUCAAACAGGUAAAGAUACAUCCAUAUCUUUUUACCAAAUUUCUUCCUUGCUUUAUCAUGUAUGGUCCAAAUACAUCGACUCCAACGUAGCUGAAGGGAGGUUUGCUAGGUAACACUCUAUCUGAUGGCAAAUCAGCCAUUUUCUGUUCCACUGGACUGGCACGUAGUCUUCUACAUGUAAAGCAGUUGUGUAAUACUUGCCGUACUGCUUGCCUUCCCUUGAGUAUCCAGUACCUUUCCCUCAGCAGCGAAAGCACGUGUUCCUUUCCUGAGUGCCCGGACAAGGAGUGAUAAUGUUGUAUCAAGAGUUUCACAACAUGAUGCUUUGGUGGCAGGAUAACUGGAUGUUUUGUCUGCUCGUCCAGAGGCGAAUUUUGAAGCCUUCCUCCAACACAUAUUAGGCCUCCGUCUGUAAACUGGACAUUCAAUUUGGAAAGCGGACUGGAAUUGGCUACUUGAAUUGCUGCAUCUCCCUGCACAGCCGUGCUUUGCUGUAAGGCCUUGUAUUCCUUGGAAUAUGUCUGUUGUUGGAUGUACCUCACAAUAGCCUCUUCAGCUUUACUCAUAUCGCUAGCAUCAAGUGAGCUCCUUUCAUCACAUGUUUGUCCUUUCGUCUUGUUCAACAAGUGUUGUCUCACUCGAAGGAUCCAGGCAACUACUACCUUUAGUUUGUGCCAUGACGAGUAGUGUGUUAACAGGCUGUCUACUGUAUUGGAUUGGUCGGUGUCAGUCGUAAAUACCUGAGUAUCCUUCCUCCUUUUCACCUCUGGGUCAUUCUCUUCAACAGUCUCAGUUGUAGUAGGAUCAUCUGGCCAUUCAUUUUCGUUUUGCUGGAUGAAAUUUGGACCUACAAGCCAUCUAGAAUUUGCCUUUAGCUCAUCAGCCGUCAUACUUCUCGUGACAUCAUCUGCUGGAUUACACUGAGUCUUGAUGUAAUGCCACUGACUUGGCACUGAUUGAUCUCGAAUAGCUGCUAUUCUAUUGGCCACGAAGGUAUGAAACCUUUUGUCCUCGUUCCUAAUAUACUGCAAAACUAUAGUGCUAUCGGUCCAGUACACCGAUCGCUUGAUGGGUAUUUCCAAUUCCCUUCUCAGAAAGGCAUCCAAUUUUACUGCAAGAGCGGCCGCCAUUAAUUCAAGUCGAGGGAUAGUCAUUCUCUUUAGUGGGG